UCCCACUCGCUGACAGUGACGUCAAGGGCGACGCAUGCGCAGUGGCCAGUGGCUGAAAGCUCUCGCAGAAAGUCGACGCGACCGCUCCCCGCCGCCGGUUCCCGCCACUCGGCGACUGCGCUGCGCCAGGGCUGGUCGCAUCGGCGAGACAGUUGUUCGGCGCUCACAAGCUCCUACGUACACAGUUUCAGAAGGAAUUUUACAGCACGUCUCUUCGCGUUUGUGCAGAUCGAGGGCACAAGACUAUCGUCCCGCAGGAAGACACAAACUUGCCAUGUGGGCGACGGUGGCGGCGGCGGCGGCGCGGGCGACGUGGCUGGACUGGGCGGCGCUGUGCGGUGUGCUGCUCGGAGCGCUCUACUACUGGGGCACCCGCAACUACGACUUCUUCGAGCGCGUGCCCGGCGGCCCGCUGCCCGCCCUGAGGCCGCGCCUGCCAUUCGCCGGCUCCUUCUGGCCCAUGUUCCUGGGCACGGAGCCCAUGCCCGACCUGGUGAAGCGGCUGUACGACAGCGGCGCCGGGCACCGCGCCGUCGGCCUCUUCGACUUCCGCAGGCCCAUGUACAUGAUCCGGGACCCCGCGCUGCUCAAGCAGGUCACCGUCAAGGACUUCGACCACUUCGUCAACCACCAGAAGCCCGUCGUCAAAGACAUGGAUCCCCGCUGGCGAGAGAUGCGCGCCACCCUGAGCCCGGCUUUCACGUCCAGCAAGCUCAAGGGCAUGUUCGGCCUCAUCCAGACUUGCGCGCGCCAGCUGGCCCAGCACGUCUCCGGGCAGCACACCCAAGGUGGGAAGGAUGUUUUGGAGCUAGACAUCAAAGAUCUCUACACUCGUUUUACUAAUGACAUCAUUGCCACCACUGCCUUUGGAUUGUCAGUGGACUCCCUGAAGAACCCUAAGAAUGAGUUCUACAUGAUGGGAAUGGAAACUACUACGCCCUCUCUAAAACAGAUCUUAGUUGUAAUUGGAUUCCUGCUAUUUCCAAAACUUACUAAGGCAUUAGGAGGACGUUUAAUGCCUAAAAAAAAUAUUGACUUUUUUGACUCACUGGUUCAUGACACCAUUCGAGAGAGAAGGGAAAAGGGCAUCUUCCGCCCUGAUAUGCUACAGCUGCUGAUGCAGGCCCAAGCUGGACAACUGAAGGCAGAGAGUGAAGAAGAAAAGCAAAAUGAAGAAAGAACUACCAAAUAUAAACUUGAAGAUGUAGAUAUAACUGCCCAAGCUCUUGUAUUCUUCUUUGCCGGCUUUGAAACAUCAGCAACCGCACUCUGCUUCAUUACAUAUGCAAUAGCCACUCAUCCAGAAGUGCAGAAACGCUUACAAAAUGAAGUGGAUGAAGCAAUGAUGCACACAAAUGGAGAUCUUACAUAUGAAACAGUGCAAGGAAUGAAAUAUUUAGAUAUGGUGGUGAGUGAAGCUCUGAGGCUGUAUCCUCCUGGAAUUGCCACGGAUCGUCAAUGUUCAGGAGAUAUAACCAUCCCUGCUAACAAUGGUGAACCUGCACUGCAUUUCAAAGAUGAUGAUGUGCUAUGGAUUCCUGUUUGUGGAAUUCACAGAGAUCCACAAUAUUGGCAUGAUCCAGAAAAAUUUGAUCCUGAACGUUUCAGUGAUGAAAACAAGCAAAACAUCAAGCCAUUCACCUAUAUGCCUUUUGGAUUCGGUCCUCGCAUUUGCAUUGGUCAGCGCUUUGCAUUGCUGGAAGUGAAGCUUGCUCUGAUCUACAUGGUUGCGAAUUUUGAGCUUAGUCGUGAAGAUGGCAAUGAUGGAACCAUAAAAUAUGCGAAAGGUAUGCGCCUUUUGCCUGUAAGUGGCCACAAAACAUUCUUUAAACCAAGGGCAAAAUAAAAUGUGAUUUAAACAAAAAUGUUAACUGAGAAUAUUUUAUACAUGUAUAUACAAACAAAUAUUAUCUUUCACUGUAGCUAUUUUAUAAGUCUAUCAUUUACUCACAAAAUGUUUUGAAAUAUCUUUGAAUCAACUACUUUUUAGUUAUUAAUAUAUCUUUAUAUUUGCUGAGUAUUGUUCUAUAUGUUAUUUUCAUAAAUAAAUAGAUCAUUGAUCAAAAUAUAUUUCUGUUUUCUUAAUUUUAUCAUAAUGCUUGUGUGGUUUUGAUACCCUUUCUAAAAGCAAUAAGGAACUGAAGGAAUAAGUAGAAAAAGGUUCAACAUUAUUUUUAUAUUAUUCAUUUAUUCUACUGAAAAAAUUUUGUGAUAUCAUUUCUCAACAUUUGAAUGACUUUCAUUACUCAAUACUGCACUGUACAUAACUACAGUGCCACAAACACUGCAGGUAAUUUGUGUGCCCUUGAACACACUACUGCAGGUAUGCAUUGCUGUCAAUGGGGAACACAAAGGACAUGUGAGUAAAUUAUUAUUAUACGUUUCUAUAAUUUUGUACGUCUUAAUUUAUUUUUGUACAUUUACAUUUAUAAAAAGUUAUUUUAAGUCUGUAUACAAGUUUGUUUUAAUCUUUGGCCUACUGGC